AGCAUUUUGACAUUCUUUAAGUUGCUUAAGCCAUAAUUUCAGUUAGAAUGCAUCCAGGAGCCUAAUUCCAUGGGCUGUUGGGAACAGCAUGGCCUUGCUUCUCCAGGACUUGAUGUGUCUUCUGUUAACUGCUGACAGUGAGCCAUUCCACCCAAAAGGCUCCCUUGGUAGCCUUAAAGAUUGAAAGGACAAAUGGACAGUGUUGAGAGCUCUGUGGAAGAGGAGACCUGAGAGACGUUGAUCAUCAUGGCCCCUUGGGAUUUGCAAAGAGGAAUGACUAGAACUGGGCCAUUCACUGCUGCCAGGUCAAAGGUCAGGUCAGGAAUGUGGACAAUGCUGGUGACUCCAGUUGCUUCCAAGAUCCGGUACUUACAGGAAUAUCAUAACCGGGUUCUCCACAACAUUUACCCUGUACCGUCAGGAACAGAUAUUGCAAACACCCUGAAAUACUUUUCUCAGACCUUGUUAAGCAUUUUGUCCCGCACAGGGAAGAAGGAAAACCAAGAUGCCUCCAAUUUGACAGUGCCCAUGACCAUGUGUCUUUUUCCUGUGCCAUUCCCACUCACCCCAUCUCUAAGACCGCAGGUCAGUUCCAUCAACCCUACUGUUACUCGCUCCCUCCUUUACAGCGUCCUGCGUGAUGCUCCCUCAGAACGCGGCCUGCAAAGUCGUGAUGCUCACUUGUCAGACUACCCUUCUUUGGACUAUCAAGGCCUCUACGUGACUUUGGUGACUCUCCUGGAUCUAGUUCCUUUACUACAGCACGGCCAACACGAUCUUGGACAGUCGAUAUUUUAUACAACCACAUGUUUGCUACCCUUUCUCAAUGAUGAUAUUCUGAGUACUUUGCCCUACACGAUGAUAUCAACGUUAGCUACCUUCCCUCCAUUUCUGCACAAGGAUAUUAUUGAAUAUCUUAGCACAUCUUUUCUACCAAUGGCUAUCUUGGGUUCCUCAAGGAGAGAAGGAGUUCCUGCCCAUGUUAAUCUCUCUGCAUCAUCCAUGCUAAUGAUUGCAAUGCAGUACACAUCCAACCCCGUUUAUCAUUGUCAAUUACUGGAAUGCCUCAUGAAAUAUAAACAAGAAGUCUGGAAAGAUCUUUUGUACGUGAUAGCCUAUGGGCCUUCACAAGUGAAACCUCCAGCUGUGCAAAUGCUGUUCCAUUACUGGCCCAAUUUGAAACCUCCUGGGGCGAUAAGUGAAUACAGGGGGUUGCAGUACACAGCUUGGAAUCCCAUCCACUGCCAGCACAUUGAAUGUCACAACGCAAUUAACAAACCAGCUGUGAAGAUGUGUAUAGACCCUUCCCUGUCAGUAGCUUUGGGUGAUAAGCCACCCCCAUUGUACCUCUGUGAAGAAUGCAGCCAGAGGAUCGCGGGGGACCACAGUGAAUGGUUGAUUGAUGUUCUUCUGCCGCAAGCUGAAAUAUCUGCUAUAUGUCAGAAGAAGAACUGCAGUUCCCAUGUUAGGAGAGCAGUUGUCACCUGCUUUUCAGCAGGGUGCUGUGAUCGCCACGGAAACAGGCCUGUUCGGUACUGCAAAAGAUGCCACUCAAACCAUCACAGUAAUGAAGUGGGGGCUGCCUCGGAGACUCACCUCUAUCAGACCUCCCCUCCACCCAUCAACACUCGAGAAUGUGGUGCUGAGGAGCUCGUCUGCGCCGUGGAGGCCGUGAUUAGCUUGCUGAAAGAAGCCGAGUUCCAUGCCGAGCAGCGGGAAUAUGAGCUGAAUCGCCGGCGGCAGCUGGGCCUUUCUUCUUCCCACCAUUCCCUGGAGAACGCUGAUUUUGACAACAAGGACGAUGAUAAACACGACCAGCGGCUACUCAGUCAAUUUGGAAUAUGGUUCUUAGUGAGCCUCUGCACCCCCAGUGAGAACACACCCACAGAAAGCUUGGCCAGGCUGGUGGCCAUGGUGUUCCAGUGGUUUCACUCCACAGCCUAUAUGAUGGAUGAUGAAGUUGGAAGUUUGGUGGAAAAACUGAAGCCUCAGUUUGUUACCAAGUGGUUGAAGACAGUAUGUGAUGUUCGCUUUGAUGUCAUGGUCAUGUGCCUUCUUCCCAAACCAAUGGAAUUUGCCAGGGUUGGUGGAUACUGGGAUAAGUCCUGUAGCACAGUGACUCAGUUGAAGGAAGGCCUCAACCGAAUCCUCUGCCUGAUUCCCUACAAUGUGAUCAGUCAGUCUGUGUGGGAGUGUAUUAUGCCAGAAUGGCUGGAAGCCAUCAGAACAGAAGUCCCAGAUAACCAGUUAAAAGAAUUCAGGGAAGUAUUAAGCAAAAUGUUUGACAUUGAGCUCUGUCCUCUACCUUUUUCAAUGGAAGAGAUGUUUGGCUUUAUUAGUUGUCGGUUCACAGGAUACCCUUCCUCUGUGCAGGAACAAGCUUUACUGUGGCUUCAUGUAUUAUCGGAGUUAGACAUCAUGGUUCCACUUCAACUGUUAAUAAGUAUGUUUUCUGAUGGAGUUAAUUCUGUCAAAGAACUGGCAAAUCAAAGAAAAUCAAGAGUCAAUGAAUUGCAAGGGAACCUUGCAGCUCGAAGGGUGAGUGUUGCCUCUGAUCCUGGUCGACGAGCUCAGCACAAUAUGCUGAGUCCAUUUCAUAGUCCUUUUCAGAGUCCAUUCCGGAGUCCUAUGCAUAGUCCAUUUCGUAGCCCUUUCAAGAAUUUUGGACACCAAGGAGGAAGGACUAUUGACUUUGACUGUGAAGAUGAUGAAAUGAAUCUAAAUUGUUUCAUCCUCAUGUUUGAUCUUCUCCUGAAGCAGAUGGAGUUACAAGAUGAUGGGAUCACGAUGGGUUUAGAGCACAGCUUAUCAAAGGACAUUAUUUCCAUUAUAAACAAUGUCUUCCAAGCCCCCUGGGGGGGCUCCCACACCUGCCAGAAGGACGCAAAAGCAAUUGAGUGUAACUUAUGUCAGUCUAGUAUUCUCUGCUAUCAGCUUGCUUGUGAGCUCCUGGAGAGACUGGCUCCUAAAGAAGAAAGCCGGCUGGUGGAGCCCACAGACAGCCUUGAGGAUAGCCUCCUUUCUUCCAGACCAGAGUUUAUUAUAGGCCCUGAAGGUGAGGAGGACAAUCCAGCAACCAAGCAUGGGGAGAACCCAGGCAAUCGCCCCGAACCCGCGGAACACACUGCAGUAAAGAAUGAUACUGAAAGAAAGUUUUGCUACCAACAGCUUCCGGUAACUUUGAGACUAAUAUACACCAUUUUCCAGGAAAUGGCUAAGUUUGAAGAGCCAGACAUUCUUUUUAAUAUGCUCAAUUGCCUGAAGAUUCUCUGUCUACAUGGAGAGUGUUUAUACAUUGCUAGAAAAGAUCAUCCUGAAUUUUUAGCCUACAUUCAAGAUCAUAUGUUGAUUGCGAGCCUGUGGAGAGUCGUCAAAUCUGAGUUUUCCCAGCUCUCUUCUUUGGCAGUUCCCCUUCUUCUCCAUGCUUUGUCACUUCCUCAUGGUGCUGAUGUCUUCUGGACAAUCAUAAAUGGCAAUUUCAACAGCAAAGACUGGAAGAUGAGGUUUGAAGCAGUGGAAAAAGUGGCUGUAAUUUGUAGAUUUCUGGAUAUUCACUCAGUGACGAAAAACCAUCUGCUGAAGUAUUCGCUGGCACACGCCUUCUGCUGCUUCCUGACGGCUGUGGAGGACGUCAACCCGGCAGUGGCUACCAGGGCCGGUCUCCUGCUUGACACCAUAAAGAGGCCAGCGCUGCAGGGACUGUGUCUUUGUCUUGACUUCCAGUUUGAUACCGUGGUUAAAGACCGACCCACGAUUUUGAGCAAACUGUUACUCUUGCAUUUUCUUAAGCAAGAUAUUCCUGCUUUGAGUUGGGAGUUCUUUGUCAACAGAUUUGAGACCCUUUCCUUGGAAGCUCAGCUGCAUUUGGAUUGUAACAAAGAAUUUCCUUUUCCUACAACUAUCACUGCUGUAAGAACCAAUGUUGGCAACCUCAGUGACACCGCCCUGUGGAAGAUCAAGAGGGCUCGUUUUGCCAGGAACCGCCAGAAGAGCGUGCGUUCCCUGAGAGACAGUGUGAAAGGGCCUGCGGAGUCUAAGAGGGCGCUCUCCCUCCCUGAGACCCUCACCUCCAAAAUCCCUGUGAGGUUGACCAGGCAUGAGCAGUCUGCUCCAGCUCUCGGUGGGACACCUGAACAGACGCCAGGACAACAGUCCCCUGAGAAUGAUAACACCAUCAAGGACCUGCUCCCAGAAGACGCUGGGAUCGACCACCAGACAGUCCACCAGCUGAUUACCGUGCUCAUGAAGUUCAUGGCCAAGGAUGAGAGCAGCGCCGAGUCAGACAUCAGCAGUGCGAAGGCAUUCAACACGGUCAAGCGGCACCUGUACGUCUUGCUCGGCUACGACCAGCAAGAGGGCUGCUUCAUGAUCGCACCUCAAAAAAUGCGCCUGUCAACGUGCUUUAAUGCGUUUAUUGCAGGAAUUGCCCAAGUGAUGGACUAUAACAUUAACUUGGGAAAACACCUUCUCCCCUUGGUGGUUCAGGUGCUCAAAUACUGCGCUUGUCCUCAACUACGGCAUUAUUUCCAACAGCCACCUCGUUGUUCCCUCUGGUCCCUAAAGCCUCACAUCCGGCAGAUGUGGUUAAAGGCCUUGCUGGUCAUCCUUUACAAGUAUCCAUACCGAGACUGUGACGUCAGCAAGGUCCUGCUGCAUCUGAUUCAUAUAACAGUCAAUACACUCAAUGCACAGUAUCAUAGCUGCAAGCCCCAUGCCACCGCAGGACCUUUGUACAGUGACAACAGUAAUAUAAGCAGAUACAGCGAAAAAGAAAAAGAAGAAGAUAGUGUUUUUGAUGAAUCUGAUAUUCAUGAUACACCUACUGGACCCUGCAAUAAAGAGUCUCAAACUUUUUUUGCAAGAUUGAAAAGGAUAGGCGGCAGCAAAAUGGUGAAAUACCAGCCGGUUGAGAUGAAUAUUCAGAGAAGUGAAAUAGAGCUGGCUGAAUAUAGAGAAACGGGUGCAUUACAAGACAGCAUUCUACACUGUGUGAGAGAAGAAAGCAUUCAGAAAAAAAAGCUGCGCUCUUUAAAACAAAAAUCUCUUGAUAUAGGGAAUGCAGACUCCCUCUUGUUUACAUUAGAUGAGCACCGUAGGAAGUCCUGCGUAGACCGGUGCGACAUAGAUAAGCCUCCUGCCCAGGCUGCUUAUAUCGCGCAAAGACAACACGACCACGGACGUCCUAGACAGAAUUCCACUACGAGGCCUGACAGUACUGAAGUUCCUGAGAACCCUGCUGUGGACGGUUUUCAGGAAACACGAAGGCCCAUAAUACCAGAAGUUAGGUUAAACUGCAUGGAGACAUGUGAGGUCAAAGUUGACUCGCCAGUAAAGCCUGCUCCCAAAGAGGAUCUAGAUCUGAUAGAUUUGUCCUCAGAUUCCACAUCUGGGCCUGAGAAGCGCUCUGUGCUCUCAACUUCUGAUAGCGACUCUCUUGUGUUUGAACCUCUUCCCCCUCUCCGAAUAGUAGAGAGUGACGAAGAAGAGGAGACCAUGGACCAAGGAAAUGAUGGUGCCCCUGGUAAAAAUGCUGCCUCCUUGCCCUCCAUCCCCAGCCACCCCUCUGUCCUCAGCCUGAGCACAAUGCCCCUUGUGCAAGUAAGUGUGGAGGACUGUUCCAAAGACUUUUCUUUUAAAGACUCAGGAAAUCACCAGUCAGCAGGUGACAAGAACUCCAGCCUCAUAGCUCUGGGAGACCCCACAGACUCUGAAGAGUUAUCAAAGCCGGAGGAGCUGCAAGAGCUUUCCAGUGGCAGCCCACUCACGCUUAAACAAAAACGAGACCUCCUGCAGAAGUCGUUUGCUCUUCCCGAGCUGUCCCUGGAUGAUAACCCCGAGCCCAGCUGCGAGGACGAGACGCACGGUGGGCUGAUGGCAAGUUCAGGGGCAAAAACGGUCCUGCUCAAAGUCCCUGAAAAUGGUGAGAAUCCAACGGAAAGUGAGAAGCCCGACACGAGUGCCGAAUCGGAUACCGAACAGAAUCCUGAGAUGAAGGCUGAAGAGGAGGGAGCUGAGGAAUCUGAGUUUAAGAUUCAGAUUGUUCCCAGGCAGAGAAAGCAGAGGAAGAUAGCUGUGAGCGCCAUCCAGAGAGAGUACCUCGACAUCUCCUUCAACAUCCUCGACAAACUGGGAGAACCGAAAGACCCAGAUCCCUCUACAAAAGGACUUUCAACUUUGGAAAUGCCACGAGAAUCCUCAUCUGCCCCUACAUUAGAAGCAGGUGUGCCGGAAACAAGUAGCCAUUCCUCAAUAUCAACUCAGUAUAGGCAGAUGAAAAGGGGAUCCCUGGGAGCUCUGACAAUGAGCCAGUUAAUGAAGCGGCAGCUGGAACAUCAGUCUAGCGCCCCCCAUACCAUCAGCAACUGGGACACUGAACAGAUACAGCCCGGGAAACGCCAAUGUAAUGUGCCAAUGUGCCUAAACCCUGACCUGGAGGGACAGCCAUUGAGAAUGAGAGGUGCCACUAAAUCAAGCCUACUGUCAGCACCAAGUAUUGUCAGUAUGUUUGUGCCAGCACCCGAAGAAUUCACAGACGAGCAGCCCACAGUAAUGACUGACAAAUGCCAUGACUGCGGAGCCAUUCUUGAAGAAUAUGAUGAGGAAACCCUCGGGCUGGCCAUUGUGGUCCUCUCCACCUUCAUUCAUUUAAGCCCAGACUUGGCAGCCCCGUUGUUGUUGGACAUCAUGCAGUCUGUGGGAAGAUUGGCAUCCAGCACGACUUUUUCUAAUCAAGCAGAAAGCAUGAUGGUUCCCGGCAACGCCGCCGGGGUGGCCAAGCAGUUCCUGCGCUGUAUCUUCCACCAGCUGGCCCCCAACGGAAUCUUCCCGCAGCUGUUCCAGAGCACUAUCAAAGAUGGGACUUUUUUACGGACCUUAGCCACGUCUCUGAUGGACUUCAGUGAGCUGAGCUCUGUUGCUGCUCUCAGUCAGCUCUUGGAGGGUCUAAAUAACAAAAAGAAUUUACCAGCAGGGGGUGCUAUGCUACGCUGUUUGGAAAACAUUGCUACCUUCAUGGAAGCUUUGCCCAUGGAUUCCCCUAGUAGCCUCUGGACCACAAUCAGCAACCAGUUUCAGACAUUUUUUGCCAAGCUGCCUUCUGUUUUGCCUCUGAAGUGUUCUUUAGAUUCCAGUUUGAGAAUUAUGAUUUGCCUCUUGAAGAUACCCUCUACCAAUGCCACAAGGAGUUUAUUGGAACCAUUUUCAAAACUGCUCAGCUUUGUAAUUCAGAAUGCUGUCUUCACUUUGGCCUACCUGGUGGAGGUGUGUGGCUUAUGUUACCGAGCUUUCACUAAGGAGCGGGAUAAAUUGUACUUGUCUCGUAGUGUUGUUCUAGAACUUCUGCAGGCCCUGAAGCUGAAAUCUCCAUUACCAGAUACAAACCUCCUUCUGCUUGUCCAGUUUAUUUGUGCAGAUGCUGGAACCAAACUAGCUGAGUCAACAAUCCUGAGCAAGCAGAUGAUCGCCUCUGUACCUGGAUGCGGGACGGCAGCCAUGGAGUGUAUGCGGCAGUACGUCGGCGAAGUGCUGGACUUCAUGGCAGACAUGCACAUGCUGACCAAACUGAAGAGCCACAUGAAGACAUGUUCCCAGCCUCUGCAUGAAGAUACCUUUGGUGGACAUCUGAAAGUUGGGCUGGCUCAGAUCGCAGCCAUGGAAAUCUCUCGGGGCAACCACAGAGAUAAUAAAGCUGUGAUUCGCUAUCUGCCUUGGCUCUAUCAUCCCCCUUCCGCAAUGCAGCAAGGACCUAAAGAGUUCAUCGAGUGCGUCUCCCACAUCCGUCUGUUGUCCUGGCUGCUUCUCGGGUCCCUCACUCAUAAUGCAGUGUGUCCAAAUGCCUCCUCUCCUUGCCUGCCCAUACCUCUGGAUGCAGGUUCCCAUAUUGCAGACCAUCUUAUUGUUAUCCUGAUUGGAUUUCCAGAGCAAUCAAAGACCUCCGUGCUGCACAUGUGUUCCCUCUUCCAUGCGUUUAUCUUUGCUCAGCUCUGGACUGUGUAUUGCGAACAAAGUGCCGUAGCUACAAACGUCCAAAGUCAGAAUGAGUUCAGCUUCACAGCGAUCCUGACGGCACUGGAGUUUUGGAGCAGGGUGACACCCAGCAUCCUCCAGCUGAUGGCCCACAACAAAGUGAUGGUAGAAAUGGUGUGUCUCCAUGUGAUUAGUUUAAUGGAGGCAUUGCAAGAAUGCAAUUCAACAAUUUUUGUCAAGCUGAUCCCUAUGUGGUUGCCAAUGAUUCAGUCAAAUAUCAAGCACCUAUCGGCGGGACUCCAGCUUCGCCUCCAGGCCAUUCAGAACAACGUCAACCACCACAGCCUGAGGACGCUGCCGGGCUCGGCGCAGAGCAGUGCCGGGCUGGUGGCCCUCCGCAAAUGGCUGCAGUGCACCCAGUUCAAAAUGGCACAGGUGGAGAUUCAGUCCUCAGAAGCAGCCUCUCAAUUUUAUCCUCUAUGAGUGGACUCCUCGGCUCUCAGUGUCAACACUCUGGUUUAGCAAUAAUGGGUUUAAAAACAAAACAAUUUGAUCCAAGCAGGUUGGGGAACAUAUUGGUACUGUACAUUCUCUUUCUAGUUUAGUAAAAGACGUGCAAAGGCCGGAGAGGGCCAAAAAUGAAGCUUUCUUGCUACACAUAUUUCUGAUGACUCCUUGGGCUAUCUGAUUAAGUGUUUCCUUACAUUAUUUUUUAAAAACCAAAUCAUUUUUCUUUAACUAACUUCUAUUUUUUUUAAGAAAAAAAAAAUAGACUGGUGGGUACUCACAGAAAAGUUGUAUAAGUCCCCCUGUUGCUAUUUUUGAUGAUAGAGAAUAAAUAGGGUUUUUGAAACCUUUGUAGUGUUUUUUCUUAAAAUCCACUCUUGGCAAUGCAAUAAAAAACCCGUCACCAUAAGCCAGUGACACUUGACUGAAGCUUUUUGUCAUUAUCCUGGGAAAAGUGGCAGCUUGCAAGGACCAUUACAAAGUGCACUUAGAAAUUAGGUGGUUAAACUGUGCCAAUUGGUUUCUUUGUUUUAUAAUAUCAUUUUCCAAAAGUGUCCAGUGAGUUUCAUUAUUUUUAAAACUAGUUUUUCAACUCAUUCGUUCUAGGCUGUACUUUCUUGUAAGCUUUAUGAUAACCACUUUAGUUUUGUGAAUAAUAAAUUUUAUUCUUUUGUUAAUACUUGUAUACAAUUCAAUUUAAAACUGUAGAUUGCAUACUGGACCAGACGAUUCCCCACGCUGGCACAGAGCACUGCACCUGGAGUUAUGUUUCAUAAAACAGAAUUUUAAUAGUGUAAGAACACCAAGAUUUAGCAGCACUGAUACUUAGCAUUUGACUGUGCAUUCACAAAUGGUAUUUCUCUUCUCUCCCUGUAAUGCACUGACUAAAAGAAGACUUAAUAUACAUUUAAGCUGUGUACUGACAUGCUAUUAAAUGCAUUUUUUAUUAUCUUUGUGAGCCUGGGGUUUUUUAAAAUCAGUGUAUAGAGCUAGAGUUCAGUUCCUGACAACCAUUUCUUCUAAACUUUUAAAACUCCUAAUGUCCCUUAAGUACCAAAGUACGAUUGUUGAGGAUAAGGCUUCCUCUCAGAUCAUUUGGUGAGAGAAAUACACAACUGAUUUGAAGUUCAUUCUCUCGGAAGGACUUUAAGUGCAUGAGACUUUUUCUUAAUGUUGGUGAGUAAGAGGCUUCCCUUUUCUUCUGAGAAGUCUGAUUAUCUUCAUGCUUCUCAGGGGAAAACAAGUUCCCAAAUGUUUAAGUGUUUCACGAGUUCUAGAAAGAGAGGUGGUAGAGCAUUGGCCAGUGCGUCCCUAUGUUGAGAGUAUAGAAAUGAUCAUUCUUAUUUACUAACGAACUCUUCUGAAUGGCCUUCCCGCGGUCAGAACUCUCCUCUGUCCCAGUCGUGCUUGGUCGUGCUUCCGUGAACAUUUUAUCUGGUAUUUAUAGAAAGUUGUGCAUAUAUUCAUCUCACUUGUAGACUCUGACAGCUUUCAGGGUAUGUCCUGUCUCUGUAGCCCCAGGGUUUGGCAUGUAGUAGGGAUUUAAUUAAUGUUUAUUGAACUGAAUGGAUUUGAUGAAGCAACAGGUCUUUCUGGAGCUACCCAGUGGGCUCAGCAAGGGCUGAAUUGUGGCUGAAUUGUGGCAUUCUCUUUUUGUGCAAAGGAGGUGGCCCUGGCUCCUUUUCCUGUGAGGGUGUAACUGGCUUCCCCAUUCCGUCUCGGCUGGAGGCCCGGCUCUUGGCUAGUCCUGAACCCACCCUGCCACGGGCAGCCACCCGGAUCUCGGUGGCCACCUCUUACCAGUAGACCAGGUCCACAGUCAUUCACAGCUUCUCCAACCCCCUCUUCUGUGUCUCGUUCUUUGAAUGGACUCUGCCUCAGUUUCCCUUUGUAUUUGCAUCCCCCCCCCCAAGGGCUAGAGAUGAGCCCUUAACUCAGCCCUCUUGCCUGGGCCACCAUCUAAUGCUUCCUGUUUCCAGACCUAUUCCUCUGUCCAGUCAGAACCUGCGGUCUUGGUCCUACCCAGGCAGGUCUCCCUCCUUGCUCCUGAAGACUGACCCAUUUUCCUGCCAGCCCGACCCAAAUACUGUCCCUGCUGGGAUUCUGCCAUUUCCCUGGCUGUUAGAGACCAGCAACCUUCUCUAGCCAGCACUGUUUCCCACCCCCACAUCGCCCUACGUCCUCAUCUUCUUUCUUACCUCAUUAUGUCAGCCUCUCCAGCAAGUGGGGCUCAGGCCCUUAGAAGACAAAAGUCAGGGAAAGAGGGGACAGAUGGACGUUUGGCAGGAUUGGCCCUAAGAAGUAGGAGAAGCCCUUCACCUCGGUUGGGGGUCAGCAGACGACAGCCCACGGGCAACCACAGCCCACUGCCUGUUUUUCUCAAGUUUUAUUGGAACACAACCCAACCCGCCAUUUACACAUUGUCUGUGGCUGCAUUCGUGCUACAACGGCAGAGUUGAAGAGUUGUGACAGAGGCUGUAUGGCCCUGAAAGCCUAAAGUAUUUACCGUCUGGCCCUUUCCAGGGAACGUCUGCUGACCUCUGGCCGCUGAAAGCCAGUGAGGAGCACUGAGCUGGACCUUUGCAUGGAUGUAUUUUCCCUACCACCUCAGGGUUUUUUGAAAUUUACUAUUAAUGUUUCCUCAUCUGUAAGAUGGGGACAAUGACACAUUCUACCUCAUGCGGUUGCUGAGAUGAUAAAAGAAUGCAAGCAAAGAGCUUAGAGCUAUGCGUGGCCCGUGGUAAGCACUCAAUAAAAUCUAUCAGUUGCUAUUUUUAUUUUAUGUGAAAGCCUAGAGAAGAAAAGCUACUUGCCCAAGGUCACACGGCUUGUAAGAGGCAGAGCUGGAACUCGACCCCAGGCUGUCCGACCCUAGGAGUCUCUCUCACCAUUGCCCGUGUUGGCUCCUGCUGCUCCAGCUCCGGCCCCAGGUGACAGUCCUGACAGCAGCGAAGGGCAGAGAGUCCCCCAAACUAUACCUGAUUCCAAUUGGCCAGGACUAAUUAUUGGCUUGGAGAAGGACCAAGGAAUAGACUCAGUUUUCCUUCCCUCACGGAAUCCUGCUGGUUUCAGAGUGUGAACAGCAUAUUCUGAGAUUCCCAAGGGUGGAAUGAGCCCAAAUCUGCAAAUGUGUAGAUUCCAUGAUUCUUUACAACGGCCAUGCCUCUUACUAGUUUGGUGACUUUGGACAAGUUAUUAAACUCUCUGGGACUUUUUUGUCCUUAUCUAUAAAAUGGCACUCUUUACCCAUCUCCCUGGGGCUGGUGCAAAGCUCAAACAGGCGGAGGACUGAGAUGGUGCCUGGAGAUUGUACCAGAAUCUGUGGACCUCCAGGAAGGCUGCUGCCACUUUAUGAAGACCACAUGAGGGGACAGCCCACAGCUACAGGCUCAUGUGGUUUUUCCGUCAGCCGAUGCCUCGGAAGCAAGUCCUACAAGACCCAGGGGAGCCAAAACUUGGUCAUCAGCCACGGUGCCCAGCCUCCAUUACCUGCCAUCUCUUUGCCAGCCUGUCCUUCUGCCUGACUUUGGGAUGUUUUCAGCAAAUCUCAGAGUCUCAUCGGGGGCCAAGUGGUUGCAGUGACUUCACCUCCAUUUCCAAACUAAGUCAGGCCAAAGAAGACUGGAUUGGAUCGGAGAAGAUGGGUUACCCACCAAGACUCUUGUGAGCUAGGAUUGAAGGGCCUCUGGCAUUAAUUGGACAAUGCAGCUCAUUUGCUAUACCUCUUUAAUAGAAUUAAUUUGCAAAUAUGUAUAUCGGGCACAUUGGGUACUUUGAUAGUAAGUAAUGGUCUUUAGAAGAAUGAACGGGGUGGUUGGAACUCAGUGGAACAGUACCAAACUGUGUUUUUCUGAAACUCGAGCCCUUUGGGAGAUGGCUGAGGUAUUGUUAGUAAGAGGCUGGCCAGUUCCUUUCUCGGACAGGAGCAGCAAGCAGUGAGCCUCCUGUGGAUUGUAUUCUAGAGAAACCUCCUAGCCACCAUUUAUUGAGCAGCUACUGGGUACUAAGCCUUUUACAUACAUUGUUUACUCCUCUUAGCCCUCCCUUCCCCAUGAGGUAGGUGUUGUUAUUCCCAUUUUGCAGGUCAGGCAACUGAGGCCCAGAGGCUGAGUGACUAAUGGAAGGCCAUGCUGCUAGUAAGUAGUAGCAUUAGGACCAGAAGGCGAUCUGACUCCCAAGUCAGAGCAGCACUCGAUAAAUGUUAAUUUCUCUUCCCUGUUUUUGGUUCUGGGCUCUUUUGGCUGAAAUGUGCCAGGAACAUGGGAUAGAUAAAUCUGAGGGCUUCUUCUGAGGCAGCUCCAUCUUGGUGGUGUCUCUGCUUAUUGAUCUUCUAUCAUAAAUUUUCAUCAAGCCAGCGUCACUUCAUCUGACAAAGGCAUUUUCCCCUUGGCUUUGGGAAUUCAUUUAUUUGAAAAAUAGUAUCGCCCACAAAUUAAAUCAUACUUAGUGUAACACUUAACAUAAUAAUUUUAUGGAAAAGAAUAAAAUGUAAUGAACUAAAGAUUGUGGUGACGAACUCUAUUAGAUUGGGGGCCUAGUGAGAGUUCACUCAGCCCGAUGGAGACUUGCUCCUAGUUAAUUAUAACCGUAGCUACCAUAGCUUACUGCGUGUCAGGCACGUUACAUACAGUAAUCUCAUUCAAUCUGCACAACAAUGAUGUGAAAUAGGCACUUCUGUUAUUCACCCCAUAUUACAGAU